AUGGCAGCUGAGUUCGGGGUCCAAAUGGCGGCCCAACUCCAUUUCACUGAUAUGGUACUGGAAUCGGAUUGCUUGACGCUGAUACAGAAGCUACAUAACCCAGCGCGGCAGCAGGAUGAACUUGGUGUUCUUGGACGCAGCAUCCGACGAUUGCUACAGGAGACAGGGCGGGGGGAGUGGAAACAUAUUUGUCGAGAAGCAAAUGAAGCGGCGCACGUCAUGGCUCAUGCAUACACAGGGUGGAAUGAGCGUGUAGUUUGGGUGGACAGGCCACCAAAUUUUCUUUUGGAUCAACUGUUGCAGGAUAAUGUAACGACCUCACUUGAUUAA